AUGAUUGGUAUCCAAUUAAGAAAGAUGGUUCUACUUAGCUUGAUCCUAAGCAUUUCUAUUAUACCAAUGAUGUGUGAAAUGGUAGAGGAGGCAGAAGAUAUUGCAGGUUUCUCAAGGGUUAGUAAAUCGCGUAGUUCGCUUGAGGAAGAUGAGGACAGCUGGCGGUCUAGUGAGGGCUCACAAUGCGCCGCUCAAUCCUGUACUUUUCACCCUACAUGUUCCCGGAAAGGAUGUGGUGAUUGUGGUGGGAUGGGCUACUGUUUAGAAAGCGGCCAGAAAAAUCCUUAG